GGCAGGAGAGGGAGGGGUCCGGUAGAAUCAGCACUCAAUUGAACCACAAACAAUCGGAGCAAACAUUCUGGCGGACUGAACCCGUACCCGUAGCCAACUCCGUUCUGUUCCGUGGCAUCACCUCGGACUGGUGCUAACGUACCGACAGGAGGUUUCUCUUCUAAGUGCGCCGCCGCCGCCUCUGCAACCACCGACUAUUGAGAUUUCAUAUUCCUGUUGGCUCGAAUGUAUGCGGCGGCGGCUGGUAUUUCUCGCCCCGUGCUGGCGUCAAUUGGUCGCCACCACUACUGGAUCUGCGCCGGCACCAGGGGCCGGAGGUUCUUUUGGAGUAGAGAUGAGGACGAGGAUGGAAGGGACAUAUUCGGACUGCCACUGGCGCAUCGACCAGGAAUUACUCGUUCGAAGUUUGGUAGCAGUCUAUAUGACCCCGAGGGCUUCCCCCAAAUCCCGCGCAUAGAGCAUCCCCGCAGCGUGCCCUUCAGUAAGAUCAAAAUUGGAUGCUGGUACGAAUGCAUCGCAGUCGACCACGAAGUCGACAAGCUGGCGGCGAUCCGCCUCAAUCGCCGACUGAAAGAAGUGCCUGGUUACCUCCGCUCCCUCAAACCGCACCGUGUCCUUGUCCUCGGUCUUAUACCCGAGUUCCAGAUCGUCCGUUUUGCUCACGCUACACGGUUCGGCAGCAACGCUACGCCGAUAAACUUCGUCGAGGGUAGGGGAUGGAAUCCCGUCGAAGGACGUCGUUUCAUCCCUGUGGGGAACGUUCCUCACUACUGCGACGACAUGAUCCGCUUCCCGACCUCCCACUUCGUCGUGCACGGCUACAUCAAAAUCGACUGCGUCUUGACCACCCAGUACCAAACCGAACACGAAGACUUGGAGCUGAAAUAUCUACCGGACGCAUACCCACUUAACAACGUCACUGGAAACCCAUACUUCCCUGGGCACGACGGAAUGCGCGACAUCACCUCUCCGCUGUGGUCACUGAGCUAUCUAAAGGACCUGUCCCGCACUUGGUCCGAGGCAAUGUACACGGGCAAAGGCUACGACGAGGGCCUGAAGGACUGGAAGCGUGCGUUGCAUAUGUUGACACGGUACUACCGUCGAUACGGUAGUGGUGCCGUACCACUAAGACGUCUGGAUGACCUGCAAGAGAGCGAGAGGGUGACGCUUUCUCUCGCCGGGGAGACGAUUCCAGCGGAUAGAAGGCAGAAAGUCGGUGCGAGAAAGAAGGUACAGGGACUUACGCAGGAGAAGAGGAGGAUUGAAGUGGUGGAGAAGAAGGAGGCAGUGAAACGGAGUAUCAUUGCCGCUUCAAAGGCGCCGGUCGAAGUGAAACCGGCCACUUCGAUGGUGCCGGGGAAACAAAAACAAAAACAAAAGCCCGCGGUCAGUGCGAGCGCGCCGUCGCGGCCAAAUACUCUCCCUACUUGGGGAGUCGCAACCACGGUCAAAUGGCAGCUGCCGGCCAAAUUGGCCAAAUUGAUUCGGAAACCGGAAACAAAGAGGACGGCGACACCACCGAAAAAACCGCCCGUUGUUAAGAAGAAACUAGAGGUGAAGACUACGAAGGUAAUCAAGCCUACCGUGGUUGCACCGGUGGUCGCAGUCGCAGCGAUAGUGCCUCCUCCUCCUCUUCAUCUUGAUGAACCGGUACAUGCCAUAGAGCAGGAGCUCGAGGAGGAUAUCACCUUUGGAUAUGUAUCGCCGACCAGUUAUGACAGCGAUGAUGGAUGGUAGGAAGCGGCAGGAGGGAUGAGAGGAGCUCAUGGGGAAUGGCGUUCUUGGUUUCUAAUCGCUCUUGAAUCCUCGAUUGAAGACCGCCUUCUUAGGCGCAUUGUACAUUAGUCGUGAAUAAUGAAUAAUGCAGAUGUUGUACUCACUAG